AUGGUGAUGGAAUCUGGAGCAGUCGUUCCUGCUUCUUCCGAGGCUUCUUCAUCUGCAUCUGCCUCUACUUCUGAACCCCCUGACAAAAAGCCAAAGAUGGAAUCCAACAGUAGCAAGAAUGCAACCGAAAAGACUACGACUGCAGUGUCAUCCUCGAACUCAAAAUCGGCAUCCAUAGUAGGCGAAUCUCAAGCUUCCGAAUCUACUACGAACAGCAACACAACUCCCACGGCUGCCAUUGUCAAAACCAAACAGUCCAAGAAAAAACACAAACACACACAAUCGGCUGCUCAAAUUCCCUUUAUCCCCGCGUCGCGCUCGUCCGAUGACAAAAAAGACGAUGACCGAAUCCGAUUGGGAAUCUGUGCCAUGGACAAGAAAGCCAGGUCCAAGCCCAUGGCAGAGAUCUUGUCCAGACUAGAUGAAGAAGUCUUUCAUGUCGUAUUCUUUGGAGAUGACGUCAUACUCAACAAACCCAUCGAAGAAUGGCCCGUCUGUCAUGUCCUUAUUGCCUUUUUUUCCAAAGGAUAUCCUCUCGAAAAAGCCAUGCAGUAUGUCAAACUGCGAAAACCAUUCACCAUCAAUGACCUAGAAAUGCAACAAACGCUCAAGGAUCGAAGACGAGUAUAUGAUCUACUCGAACGCAGUGGCAUUGAUGUUCCCAGGCAUGUAUACCUCAGCAGAGAUGACUACGUAUCCACGGGAUCAGGGGAUGGCAAUGGAAACAGAGAUCAAGAAGUCGUAGAGCAUGACGAUCACAUUGAAGUCAAUGGCGUUACCAUUCACAAACCAUUCGUUGAAAAACCCGUAGAUGCUGACGAUCACAAUAUUGCAAUUUACUACCCAACUUCAGCGGGAGGCGGAUGCAAAAAACUAUUUCGGAAAAUUGGCAAUCGAAGUUCCGAGUUUUACCCCGACAUUAAUGAAGUACGGCGCGAUGGAUCCUACAUUUAUGAAGCUUUCGUCGAAACCCAGGGGACGGAUGUGAAAAUGUACACGGUCGGACCCGAGUACGGACAUGCCGAGGCACGCAAAAGCCCCACCGUCGAUGGAAAGGUGGAACGAAACUCGGAUGGAAAGGAAGUGCGCUUUCCAGUUAUAUUGACGCUGCGAGAAAAGGAAAUCGCCAGAAGGAUUGUAUUGGUCUUCAAACACUUUGUAAAAAACAGCAGAAAGUAUUACGAUGAUUGUUCGCAGAUUAUGAUGGAACAUAUACUAGCAACUGUAAAGCCUGGUUCGUCCAUUGUAUUCUCCACUCUGGAUCCUUUGAUCACAAAUGUGAACCGUAUUGAAUACACCUCUGCUGACCUUUCCGGCAAUGCUGCGCCUUUGUCAAAGAGAGACUCAAAGAGAGACACGUUUCUGUCUCGCGCAACACGAAUGCUCCAGGGAGAACCAGCAGACGAAGAAGCCGACAGCGACGAAAACUCAACUGGUGAGCCAACUACCAAACAGAAACCAAAACCAAUCAAUUCCCCUGCCAGGUCGUCGGGGGGUGAUUCGGCCGAGGCUUUGGCAGCUGCAGCAGCAACACUGAUCGACGAGGGUGCACCGCCCGUUCGCGAUAUUCCAAACCAUCUCUUGUCGGAACCGGCUAGCAUGUGCAACUCGGAGGUCAACUCCCAGGCAGGUGACAUGGAACCGAUGCAUAGGGCGACACGAUCGGGAAGCAUCAGUGUGGUAGAUUCACAUGACGAGGAGCUUCGCUGUGUCAUUGCCGUGGUUCGGCACGGGGACAGAACGCCUAAACAAAAGCUCAAGGUGAACAUGAAGGAACCGUCCAUCCUCAAGUACUUUCAUGAUCACACGAACGACUGUCGCAAAGAACUCAAAGUGAAAGCAAAGGCCCCCAUGACUGAGUUCCUGGAGACAAUCAGGAAGACAAUGGAUGAUCUUGCUGAUAGGCCAGGCGACAAAGACAAGGUUCUACAAAAUCAGCUCCGGCAUAUUCGCGUCAUCUUGGAGCGCUGGCGCAUUGCAGGCAUGAACAGGAAACUUCAACUGAAGCCAAAGAAGUUUAAAGAGUAUGUUGACGACGAUGGAAACAAGAAAACGCGGUGCACUUCGGUACAGCUCGUAUUUAAGUAUGGCGGCAAUCUCACGCGGCUUGGAGAAAACCAGGCGCUCAGGUUAGGCCGCAGAGUUCGUCGCGACGCAUACCCAGAUGUUUCCGGUGGAGGCAUCCUUCGUUUACAUAGUACUUUUAGACACGACCUGAAGAUCAAAACAAGUGACGAAGGACGUGUCAUGAAAACAGCUGCUGCUUUCGCAAAAGGCUUGCUGGAGCUAGAAGGGGACCUUCCGCCUAUUUUGGUGUCCCUAGUUCACAAGGAGAAGGGCAGCAUGCACAUGCUUGACCCGUCUGGCAAUAAAGAGGUCAAAAUGGAGUUGGAUGAAUGCAAAGAAAAGAUCACAGCAAAUCUACAAAAGGACAUCGACGUGGACAAAGCAACCCCCGAAGAGCGAGAGCAACUGGUUGGUCCGCAAGAACUGACCUCGUUGCACAGAGCCCUCAAAGCCAUUCGCAAUCCCAGGAAGACUCUGAUGCAAAUUCACCGUACCAUGGGCGAGCUCAUUGACCAACUCGAAGAAAUGCUCGGAAUGAUGGGAAGUGGUGACGAAAAGCGUAUCGAAGGCGGGGAAGGCUUGAAGGGCGACGAUGAAAAUGAUGUCGCUCUGAGCGGUGUGAAACUCUACAAAGGAGAGACGUUGCUCGAGUUGACGGAAAGAUGGCGCUUCCUGUACAAGAACCUGUAUGAUUCGGACACGGAUAUGUUUGAUUUGUCUCGUGUGCCCGACGUGCACGACAAUGUGAGGUUCGAUGUGCUGCACAAUCCACACUUGGGCUUGUCGUCAACACUGGAGAAACUAUACAACUUGGCCAAACCCAUGGCCGACUGUGUAGUCCCCCAGGAAUACGGAACGACAUUUCAAGAAAAACGAAGCGUUGGGGUCAAGAUUUGCAAGUCACUGCUAGAGAAGAUAACCUAUGAUUUGACUGUUGCUCGUGCUGACAAUGAAGUGGAUAUGCGCUACAUGAUUAACAUGGACUACUCCAGUGACCUGCCAAUCAAUACGAUGGGUCGUCGUGUUCGAACUCGUUUGUAUUUUACCUCGGAAUCGCAUCUGCAUACAAUGCUGAACGUUCUCCGCUUUGCCAAAGACCGAUCAGCGGUGUUGUCUGAGCAAGGCAUCAACAUCCUCAAUGGAACCAAUGAGCUUUGUUAUCUCACCCAGAUCGUCAUGCGCCUAUUUGAAGACAAUCGAUGGGAGCUCAGCGACCAUAGACGAUUCCGGGUGGAGAUUCUUUUCUCCCCCGGAGCCACCGCAACGCCUCUUCACAUGCACGAACAGGACAGAGACUCUGACCCCUCACGAUUCGACACAGCCCCACUUGAAAUGAUUGGGAGAGAAGGCCUGACUUGCCAGGAGCUCGAGAAUUUCUUCCAUGAUGCAGUCGUUGAGGGCGGCACCGAAAGCCCCGAAACGGAGGACCAGGUUAUUACUGUUGAGCCAGACGUCCCAAGCAAGCCCCCCGCUCUGGCUGAGGUCGAGUCGAAAGCCCCCGAUCAAGCUGCUAAUCCAAGCAACAAAACUUGGAGAGACCUUACCCCAUUGCGACCACCAGUGGAUGCUGUGGAUGUACCGAAGCCGAAGGACGAGCCAGUGGAGAGUGUUGGGGCCAAAGCCGUGACGAUCAAGGCCGAGCUGAAAGAACUUUUUAUUCCGCCGGACCAACCCAAGGCGGAGCCACCAAAGACAGAACCGGAUGGCGAUGAUUCAGCCAAAGACGAUCCCGACGACUCCAAAACAAUAAGCAACAUCGAACGAAAGUACUUUUGGAGCACCGUGGCAGUCGGAUCCUUCAUGCUUGCCGCUGGAUGUCUGGCUUUGGCAAUGAGCGUUGGGGAUUCUAGGCGGAAUCGAAGAUACAAUACAAGACGAGGCUACUAA